AUGCAGAGUAAGUCGGCAGGUUUGAACUGGUUGUUGCUACUCCUGUUGAUCCUUCUGCUGCUCCUACUCCUCAUCUGCAUCAUCCUACUCUGCUGCAUCAGGUGCAACAGAGGAGGUGUCUACCCGGUGUAUGAGAAGGAGAAGUUGAGGGGACAUGAUUACUUGAAAGAGGAAGAUGAUGCCGGGUUCGGAGAGUACACAAGAGCUGACGAACCAGCCAUGUUGAAAGGGAUUAAGGGUUCUCUGGACAGCGUGGAGAAGCCCCUUGAAGAGAGUGAGACAGACAGCUUGGGGGAAUACGAGGACCCAGACCCAUCGAAGUUCAACGAAGAUGGUUCCUUCAUCGGCCAGUACGGUGGCAAGAAGAAGGGAGGGGGUGGAGAUGAGGUGGCAACCCCCACUAACGCUCUGUCCAGUUUCGUCUGA